AAUAGGUGACGCUCAAUGUACUUCUACUAGAGAUAUUUUAUGAAAAAUGUUUUGAUUGUUACGUGAAAGAUGACGCGACAUACCUGGUUUUAAUCAUUUAACAGCUAGGUUUUCUUCUAUAUCAACGAGCAAUUAUGAAAUGUUUUACUUACAGUGCAGGUGCCCUCCCACGUUUUAUCAUUGUAUCGUUUUGUAAGUAAACAGUGAGGCUCGGUAACGGUGCACGAGUCGCGUAAAUUGUGACUAUUAGUGUUUUUCGUGAUGUCUGGUUAUUCAAGGACGGCAGAAAGCGAUGCUUGGGCCCUUCUGGCUCUAAAGUCGGCGCCCACGAGUCCGUCAAAAGUGCAAAAAUGGUCCCCCGAAUCGCAGGGGGAUGUGAUAGCAUGUUUGGAGGGCCGCGGUUUCGAAUACAUGGUGCGUCAAAAUAGAAUCGUUAUCGGCCGGAACAGUUCCCGUGGAGACGUGGACGUGAAUAUGGGACACUCUAGUUUUAUAUCAAGGAGACAUUUGGAAGUGUUUUUCGAUCAUCCCUAUUUUUACUUGAUGUGCAAUGGGAAAAACGGAGUGUUUGUGGACGGCGUUUUUCAACGUAAAGGAGCACCGUCCAUACAGUUACCGAAAACAUGUACUCUACGUUUCCCAAGUACAAACAUCAGAUUGAUGUUUAAAUCUUUGGUGGAUGAAAGCAGCGAACCACCCCCUCGGGUACGUGAAGUGUCUCCCUCACAACAGCGAGACAGACCAGGCGGUGGAGUGUGUGCGGCAGGGCCGCUGCCUCCUUUAAGGAUUAACAUCCCCGAAAAUGAUGGCUUUAGCAGUCCGUUUCCUUCACCUACUGGUACGAUUAGUGCCGCCAACAGUUGUCCUGCUAGUCCACGGGGAGGACACGGUAGAAGGAACGUAUCGGCAGACUUGCAAAUGGUCGCCCAGUAUGCAGCACAAGUUGCUCAUCGGGAUGACGGGCAUCAUUCCACCGCACACAGUCCGGAACACAUCUAUCGACAACCCACGUCCAAUGGAAAUUCGCUUCCACCGGUGGUUAUAAACGAUUCUUACGGAGCAGGCAGCAGCAGCAGUAAUAGUAGUACAAAAGACGACUCUAAGCCACCGUACUCGUAUGCACAGCUUAUUGUUCAGGCCAUAGCUAGUGCCAUUGACAAACAACUAACUCUGUCGGGAAUUUACAGUUACAUCACCAAAAACUACCCCUACUACAGAAACGCAGAUAAAGGUUGGCAGAACUCAAUACGUCAUAAUCUCAGUUUAAAUAGAUAUUUUAUCAAGGUACCUCGUAGUCAAGAAGAGCCUGGAAAAGGUAGUUUUUGGCGUAUUGAUCCACAAUCUGAGGCAAAGCUUAUUGAACAAGCUUUUAGAAGAAGGCGACAACGUGGGGUGCCAUGUUUCCGUGCUCCAUUUGGUCUCAGUUCCAGAAGUGCUCCCGCUUCUCCAAAUCAUGUGAUGUCCUCGGGGCUGAUGACACCUGAAGGCCUGUCUCGCGAGAGCUCUCCCAUUCCAGAACAAAUGGUAGAGAUAAGUCAGUCGGCACCGGGAAGUCCUGGACCGAAUAACGUAAAUUAUCCUGGUUCAGGGGGCAUGAUUGGACAUCAGCAGAUGUCUGCCCUUAUGGGGGGCACAAAAUCGAGAUUGUUGGUGCCCCAAAGGACAGAAAUAGACCAAGUCGUGCAGAUGAAUUCGUCGUCAAACGGUCAGGAAUAUCCGGAAGAUAAAUAUCAAUUAGUUAAUUCUGCACAAGUAAUUGAAGAACAAUCUUUGUCACCUGCCCCAGCUUCUUUUUCACCUCAGCCAGUCAUCGUUCAAACCCAAAAUUACACUCAGUACAGUAGUGUGUACAGCAGCAUGGGCAUAGAUUUAAAAAGGCACAUGGACGAGCGGAGUUCAGGAAGUCCUGUGAGUGGAGGUGAGACGUUGGAAACGGGCAAUGAGCCCGAAACGAAACGUUUUCGUAGUGAACAGCAUCAACAACAGUACGAGACAGAGUAGGUGUUAAAAUAUUAGUUUUUAAUCCACAAAAAGACACUGUAUAUGUUUUACAAGUCUUUUAUUAUUAGAUCGUUAUCUAAUGAAGAGAAGGUAACUAAAUUAUUUGAUAAGUUAAGCAUAAAGCUAUUCAAACAAGCGUACAUUUUGUUUUUUUUUUUUAUUCUAAUUCAGUUCCAAUUAAAAUGCUUUAAAAUAUCAUUUUUUAAUUGAAUGAUACUUGCAAGUUCUUUUUUAAAUUUUUAUUAGUUUUUCAUUUUAGGUGUUUUAAAACUUUUCAGGAUUUGUUAAAUUUCAUUAAUAAGCUUUAAUCGGUACAGUAUAUGUUUUUAUAACGCUUUUAAUUAAAUGUUUUCAUUGUAAGUGGUAUGAUCUAAUAAAAAAACUUGUAGAACGUCAAAAAUUUGCGUUCGUUAGAAAAUAUUAAGAUCAAAAAAAACAGUUAGAAAUUUUUUGAGUUAAUAUUUUGUGUGUGCCCUAAAACGAAGUUCGACCGAAAGAUUACCUUUGUAAACCAACUGUUACACUUACUUCUUCCGAACAAUGUGUAGAAAAAACCGUUUCAACUAGUACUUCUGAAGGGGACGACAGGUAGCUGGACUGCUUGUCGCGACUGCCACUUUUGACUAUUACAAUUCGAAUUGUUAAUAUAAAAUGCAAUAUAUUUGUUUGUCGUACACGCUCCUAAUUAACGUCUUUGUUAGUAAAUAACCCAUUUUAUGGCUUCCUUUUGUUAGCAAUGAAUUUUUUAAAGUCGCCGUACUUCUAGUAACUGCAGAACAUUGUAAAGAAUGUCUAGAUGAUGCUCAUUUUUUUUUUAUUUAUGACGGUUAUAAGUUAUUCGAUAGACCUAAUAGUCGGUCAAGUUUUUUGUUUUUCUUUUAGUAAACAAUUGACUAUUUGCAUACGUGCAUUUUUCUCUAGGAUCUUAGUAAUUAAAACGUUAAAGACAUUCUGUGCAAUGACCAAUUUUUUGAGGAGUUCCUAUGCAUCGUUAAGUUUGUUUUGAUUAAUUUCUAAUUAAGUCGUUAGUAUUAAACUAUAUUUAAUACACACAUUAGACGAAAUUACAACUACAUUGCACCCUUUUUGAAACAUAAAACAGAAACAAAAUGAACAUAACGAUUAAAGAUGAAUCGUUUAACUUUUUUUGUGUAUAAAUAGUUGUGUAACAAGAUUUUUUGUUCGAAAUGGCAAUAAGGUUCCCAUAUAUGUGUACGCAAUUGUCAGCGUUUCUUUUUAUUUGUUAUACUUGAAUACUUAUUGUUUGUAGAGAAAAAAAGUGGAAAAAUUAAAGUAUUUCCUUUUUAUUUGUAUGUAACGUUAUUUUAACGAAACAUAAAUGAAAUUGAUUAGCUUAAGAUGUAAAUAAAUAAAAUGAAUAAAUACUGUGUAAUACUUGUAUAAAAUGCAAGACUUAAAAAAAAAGA